AUGGUGAGGAAACGAAGGUCAGCACUGCGCCACACGCUUCCUGAAAAGACAAAUCACCCCGGAAAUGCAAAGGCGGCCGACAUCGCAAAGAAAAGUGUUCAGUGGUCAGUGGCGAUUUUGUGGGCAUCCGGUGCGGUGGUCAUAGCGAAGUACUCCGUCUGUCCAUUGACCAUGCCGUUGAAAAUGAUUCAGGAAGCGCGUUGUUUGAUUCUCGUCGCUUCCGUGUGUCUGCUAAUCGCCCGGAUCGUUUGCGAGACAAUCGAGUACAAAGAUUGCGGUUCGACGAAUGCGAAGAUCGUCAGCAUGCAGUUGAGUCCGUGUGACAACGUCUCUUGCUGCUCCCUGAAGCGAGGAACCUCGGUGGACGUGAAGAUCACCUUCACUCCGGAAAUCGAGGUUACAAAGUUGAAAGCCUCGAUGGUGGCUAUUUAUCGAGGGUCCCAGAUAGCGUUGCCUUUGCCUAACCGAAACGGUUGCGUGAACUCUGGACUCGUUUGUCCGCUAAAGAAAAAUGCCAAUGUCACUCUCACUGAGCGAUUAAAAGUAGACAAGGCUUACCCGAAGGUAAGAGCAGAAGUCAGAGGAAAACUUACCGACCAGAAUCGAAAGCCUUUGGUGUGCGUCGCAAUCCAAGUUGUACUCGUUUAA